GUUGCCCUCAACAAUGAAGGUGUACAGUAUUCUAUAUCUGUUCGUGCUCCUCUUGUUCGCUAUUCACGAUACUUCAGGUCUGACAAAACCGCGACACGAUAAAGUGGUGGCCUGUUACGUCGUUUCCUGGGCUUGGUACAGACCAAGUCCUGGCAAAUUUGGAAUAAACAAUCUCCGAGGAGAUCUCUGUACGCAUAUUAUAUAUGCGUUCGCCGGAAUAAAUGCCACGGAUUGGACCAUCCGAAGUCUGGAUCCGUACAAGGACAUCGAGAAUGGAAUCGGUGACUACAACAGGAUAACUGCGCUUCGCAAAGAAUAUCCCCACCUGAAAGCUGUUUCCCUUGCGAUAGGGGGUUGGAACGAGGGCGGCAAAAACUAUUCCGAUCUCGCUUCGUCCCCUGAACGAAGAGGGAAAUUCAUUUCCAGUGUCGUCCAGUUCCUCAAACGAUACAACUUCAAUGGAUUCGAUCUGGAUUGGGAGUUUCCUGCCGAUCCUGCCCGCGGAGGAAUACCAGAGGACAAAGAGAACUUUGUACUUCUCGUGAAGGAACUGAAGGAAGCGUUCAGAGGGCCGGGGUACAUUUUGACAGCAGCGAUAAAUUCUAACACAAUACUGAUAGAUGCGGGGUACGAUAUUCCAGAAAUGUCGAAGUAUCUGGAUCACAUUUACGUGAUGGCGUACGAUUACCAUGGUGUAUGGGAUAGGAUAGUGCUUCCAAACGCGCCGUUGACAAGCCAAAAAAAUGUCGACGUGGAAACCACGAUCAAACACUUGUUGGCAAAAGGUGCACCACCAAGCAAAUUAAUAUUAGGUGUGCCCAUGUAUGGAAGAACAUUCAUAUUGACUUUCAUGCCCGGCUCUCCUAGCGAGAGCCCUAUGAAUAAACCGUGCGAGAACGAAGGGUUCAAGGGGCCUUAUACUAGGCAGGAUGGAUACAUGGGAUACAAUGAAAUCUGCGAAGAAAUAAUGAACAAUCCAAACGAUUGGAGCGUUGGCUGGGAUCAAGGUAGCAAUACGCCAUAUGCUGUUAAAGGCAAACAAGUUAUCGUAUACGAUGAUCCUACUAGUAUAAAGAACAAGAGCGAAUUUGCAAUGAAGAUGGAUCUCGGGGGUAUAAUGGUUUGGAGCAUCGACACCGACGACUUCCAGGGCAAAUGUCGGAGGUGGAAAGAACACCCGAAACCAACGAACCCCAAUUUCCCCAUGAUGCAAGCCAUUCACAUGGCUCUAACAAACGGGAGCGACACAAACAACACGGACCACACGAACGACGACACAUCAUCGUGCGACAGAUACGUUUUAAAUUUUACUUUAGUUUUAUUCGCGCUACUGGCACGGUACCUCUGGUAACGGCUCGUCAUACAAUGUCAAAAGUGUUGACAUAAACGUGAUCACUGCCGAUUCGAAAAAAGUUCCUUUUUAAAACUGCCUGCGGUAUGGCGCACAUUGCCUCAAGGAAAUGUCAUCGUUAAAUCAAAAUCAAUCCCGUCAUUAAUGUUAAUCCUGCCGAAGUUUAGAGUAUAUAUAUGUCUACUUUAUAUCGGGAUAAAUGAUGACAAUUCAAGGAGGACCUUCACUUAAAUGAACGAUUAUCUUUUACAGUAUUACGGACACGAUAAAAAUGAUUAUAUGAAACUAAUAUAGCAAACAAACUGUUUAUAAACUGCGAAUUGUUUCAAGUGUUAUGCAAAAAAUUGUAAGAAAGUGUACAACUAAGCGCGCAAACGAAUAGAAACUUGCUUAAACAAA